GUCAGGUCUGCUACACAGCGGAGGGUCAGCGGUCCCGGUCCGCCAAGUAGACGCCGCCGCCGCUUUCACUCCAGUGGCGUGGUCUUUGUCGCAAAUUUCUUUUCUAUUUUGCUUCUAUUUUUUUCGGAUUCCACCAGAUCGGUCAGCAUGGGCAAAAAAGAGGAAGAGGAGAUCAUCAGAAUUGCGAAGAAGAUGGAUAAAAUGGCGCAGAAGAAGAACGGGGCCGGUGCUUUGGACCUAUUGAAGGAGCUGCGGAGCGUCCCCAUGACCCUGGAGCUGCUUCAGUCCACCAGAAUCGGCAUGUCUGUAAAUGCCAUCCGCAAGCAGAGCACAGACGAGGAGGUGACAGCCUUAGCCAAGUCCCUGAUCAAGUCGUGGAAGAAGCUAUUGGAUGAGCCUGGAGGUGGAGAUAAACCUUCAGACGAGAAGAGGAAAGAGCAGACGACACCCGUUGUUUCUCCCUCACAGGGAAGCCCAGAGGCGAAAGAAGAAAGCAGCUCCAGCAGUAAUUCCAGCAGUAAGAGCGAACCCACCGAAGUUGCUCCCAACACGUUAAUCAACACUUUUCCUCGGGCCCCGAGCACCUCGGACUCUAUCAGGCUCAAGUGCAGAGAGAUGCUGGCCAAUGCUCUGCAGACUGGAGAUGAUUAUAUUGCAAUUGGUGCUGAUUGUGACGAACUUGGAGCGCAGAUUGAGGAAAGCAUCUUCCAGGAGUUUAAGAACACAGACAUGAAAUACAAAAACCGCGUGAGGAGCCGGAUCUCAAACCUGAAGGAUAUGAAAAACCCAAACUUAAGGAGGACGGUGCUCUGCGGGAGUGUAACCCCUGAGCGGAUGGCGAAGAUGACGGCGGAGGAGAUGGCCAGCGAUGAGCUGAAGGAAAUGAGAAAGAAUUUGACCAAAGAGGCUGUCAGGGACCACCAGAUGGCCACCACAGGAGGCACUCAGACUGAUUUAUUCACCUGUGGCAAAUGCAAGGGGAAGUGCUGCACCUACACACAGGUCCAAACUCGCAGUGCUGAUGAGCCAAUGACCACGUUUGUCUUCUGCAACCAGUGCGGAAAUAGAUGGAAGUUCUGCUGAAUCUGCAGGCGGCGUCCACGGCACUCCGGCACGUAGCAAAACUCCUGGACCAGGUUCUAACUAUCUGCAGCAGAUUGGAGCUUUCUGUGGUACAUGGUACACGACACGCCAUACAACGAUGCCACUGCGGUUACUGUUUGAAUAAAUAUCCUGUUAAUAGAUUGAGCUCAUCGUCAGUCCCCACUGCCCCCCCCUCCCC